AUGGACAUGUCUACGUGGCAGGUUGGGCGAGCGACUACCGCCACACCCUUCUUUUUCAAGCCACUGGAAGUAAAGGGCCCCCGAGGUAGCUCCACUUUCAAAGAUGGUGGCAUACGAGAGAAUAACCCCAGCUACUGCGCUUAUUCUGAAGCUGCCUCGAUUUGGGGUGAUGAGAACGAACCUGCCAUCUUAUUGUCCAUAGGUACUGGCCAAACCAGGUCCAUUUCCGACGGCGCAUCCCUCGCUGGGAUAAUACCAUUCGGUCUGUCCACCUUUAGCAAAUACGCGGAGAAAGCAGCUGUGGUCAAGAAUAGUCUCAUCAAAUACAUGGAAAGCGAAGACCGGCACAAGAUGAUGCGUACCAUCGCCAAAGGUGAACAUAGAUGGUACAAGCGAUUCGAAGUCACGGACGGCUUGGAGAAGCUUCCACCUGAUCAAUGGGAGCUCGGGAUAUUUUCCUUACUAAACGAUCGCAAACUUGCAGCUCGCCCAGGCGGGAGGACUUUGAGCAAAAUACGCACAGCUACCAAUGUGUACCUAAAUCGCCAAGAGAUUGAUAAGAGUCUUCGUCUCGGCGAGUACGCUGCUCCACAUCAGAAGCUGAAGCAGACCGCGGAGAAGUUAGUCCGCAUGCGGAGAGCGCGAGAGCUCGAGGCCAUGACCCAGGGCGGGGAAAAGCGCGAGCAUUGGGAGGCGUUCAUGGGCAAGCACCUUAUUGGUGAGCGGGAUUUCUUCCGAAAGUACCAAGAGGAGUGGGACUACGCCCUGCUAGGUCGUAAGAAUUAG